AUGGAAUUUGAUAUUAUUAUGGGUAUGGACUGGUUGGCUUCUUGUCUUGCAACUGUGGAUUGUAGAAAUAAAGUGGUUCGGUUCCAGCUCCAAGGUGAACCAAUUGUCGAGUGGUUAGGGAACACAGUAUCAUUGAAGGGUACAUUCAUUUCAUACCUCAAGGCAAGCAAAAUGAUUAGAAAGGGAAAAAGAUACGCGGAUCAUUUGUGGGUGGUACUAGGAGUACUCCAAGGACAGAAGUUGUACGCUAAGUUAUCUAAAUGUGAAUUCUGGCUGACUUAUUUGGCAUUUUUGGGGCUCGUUAUUAGGACCGAUGGUAUUCGCAUAAACACGAAGAAGAUUGAGGUCGUAAAGGCCUGGCCAAGACCUACAACCCUUAUGGAGGUACCUAGUUUUUUGGGGCUAGCCGGAUACUACAGGCGGUUCAUAGAAAAGUUUGCUUCCAUUUUGGUUCCUUUAACCAGACUAACUCAAAAUGCGGCUAAGUUUCAGUGGACUGAUACUUAUGAGCGAAGCUUCCAGUUGCUAAAGGAUAAAUUGACUACAGCUCCUGUUCUAACUUUUCUUGAAGGACCAAACAGCUAG